GGAAAGUUGCUGCUCGUCCAUCCCGGCGCUGCGGACAGAGAGCCGCGGGACCCCGAGCACGCCGCCGCCCCCCGCCCGCCCCGCGCUGCCCCCGCAGCGGGAGGGUCCCUUCCUCGGAAGGAGCCGCUGCGAGGCGAGGGCGGGCGGCCCCGCACCGGCGCGGUGAGUAGCCCCGGGGCAGCCCGCCUCCCUCGCGGGGGGAACUGAGGCAGGCGGCUGCGGACGGAGAUGCCCCCGCGGGCGGGCGCCCUCCCAACCACGGACCGGCGCCGGCUGCCAGGGGUCCCGCCGGCCCCUCGGGGAGCGUUGCGCCGGCAGCAGCGACAGGAGGAGCGCCCCUGAUGGGGAACGCGGCAGAGGGGGGCGGCCCGCAGGCGCUGCAGGUCCUCACCGGGUGCCUCCUGGGCGCCCUGGUGCUGAGCACGCUGGUGGGCAACGCGCUGGUGUGCCUGGCCGUGCUGCGCUUCCGACACCUGCGUGCCAAGGUCACCAACUGGUUCGUGCUGUCGCUGGCCGUUUCGGACCUCUGUGUGGCCCUCCUGGUGAUGCCCUGGAAGGCAGUCACUGAAGUGGCUGACGGCUCCUGGCUCUUUGGCAGCCGCUUUUGUGACACCUGGGUGGCCUUCGACAUCAUGUGCUCCACUGCCUCCAUCCUCCACCUCUGCAUCAUCAGUCUGGACAGGUACUGGGCCAUUGCCAGCCCCUUUCGCUAUGAGCGUAGGAUGACGCAGGGCCUUGCCUGUGCCAUGAUAGCCACAGCCUGGGCUCUCUCCAUCCUCAUCUCCUUCAUCCCAGUGCAGCUACACUGGCAUAAAGCCAAAGAGGGAAGAUAUCCAGGCUCCUGGCUGCCUGGGACACCCCGCUGUGAUGUCAGCCUGAAUCGUACUUAUGCCAUCACCUCUUCACUUAUCAGCUUCUAUAUUCCCGUGGCUAUCAUGAUCAUCACCUAUACCAGGAUCUAUCGAAUUGCCCAGGCCCAGAUCCGCCGUAUCUCUACCCUCGAGAGAGCAGGGGGGCAGUGGCCAGUUCAUGGCAAGGAGCCGACCUCCUCCCUGCGGAGUUCCCUGCGCAAGGAGACCAAGGUGCUGCAGACUGUCUCAAUCAUAAUGGGAGUCUUCGUUUGCUGCUGGCUGCCCUUCUUUCUGCUCAAUUGCCUGCUGCCUUUCUGCCAACCUGAGCUCAAGAGAGACCAUGAAGGACAGUUACCAUGUGUUGGCCAAACCACCUUCAAUGUCUUUGUGUGGUUUGGCUGGGCCAACUCCUCAGUGAACCCAGUGAUAUAUGCUUUCAAUGCCGACUUCAGGCGGGCUUUCAGCAAUCUCCUAGGCUGCCGGUGCUUCUGCUGUGGCACACCUGGAUCCACUGUGGAGAGGGUCAACUUCAGCAAUGAGCUGGUUUCCUAUCACCAUGACACCACCUGCCAGAAGGGAGGACCUGCUUCGUCAUCAGUACCCCCUCCUGCCAUCACUGCCUGGGUGCAGCCCACACCCCACGCCAUAAACCUUCAGGGAGAGGACAGCAGUGAGGAGUUUUCUAUGGAGAAGGGGCCUGUGACCUCCCAGUCACAGGCUGCCCCUGGCAGCAGCCCCAAGAGUUGUCAGGUGCCAGCUGUUUUGCAGUUGGAUUGCAAAGCAGAGCUAUCUCUGGAAACUAUUACCCAUUGUACAGGGCUUGGUCAGUGUCAGGGACCCCAUCACUCUGUUCCAGAGGCGUAAGAGAUUACAUGUUCCUCACACACAGAGCCAUCCCGCAGGGAGAGCUCACUCUGACUCCACUUAAGUUACAACCAUCCCACAGCAAAAAAAAAAUCCCAUCCCAAAGCAAUGGAAACCUGUUGCUCUUACCGCAGAGGGGUGAUGGGAAUAUGAAGUCCAUUCCAAAAGGAUCUAGCAGACACAUAUUAACCUCUUCCCAUGGCCAUCUUCACCCUUUACUCUUUUGCAGUCAGAAGACAUUUCCCAUGCAUUUGUUUACCCUCACUCUUCAAUCAAACUUCUGAUAUUUAUUAAGAUUAGUGAGAUAAUUAGAUCAAAAUGAAAACAACUGAUAGUUUGAGACUAUAAUAGAUAAAUUAAUCUUAGAUUUAGUUAAAAUCCCAUUCUCUGCCUCCCUGUUUCACAUCAUACAAUGUGCAUAGUUCUGAUCUUAAAGGUUUGUGUUUGGUUUCA